CCAACCUGCCUUGGCUACCCACUGAGCAUUUUCUUCAUCAUCGUCAAUGAGUUCUGCGAGCGGUUCUCCUACUAUGGCAUGCGAGCGGUGCUCGUUUUGUAUUUCAAGUAUUUUCUGCAGUGGGAUGACAAUUUGUCUACAGCCAUCUACCACACGUUUGUUGCUCUGUGCUACUUGACGCCAAUCCUUGGAGCCAUCAUUGCAGACUCUUGGCUGGGAAAGUUUCUGACCAUUGUCUCCUUGUCCAUUGUCUAUACAAUUGGGCAGUCAGUCAUGGCUGUGAGCUCCAUAAAUGACCUGACAGAUAACAACCGUGAUGGCAUAAAAAAAUUACACAUUGGUCUAUCCAUGACUGGCUUGGUUCUCAUUGCACUUGGUACUGGUGGAAUCAAACCUUGUGUGUCAGCGUUUGGUGGAGAUCAGUUUGAAGAUCAUCAGGAAAAACAAAGAUCUAGAUUCUUCUCUAUCUUUUAUUUGUCCAUUAAUGCUGGAAGUCUCCUAUCUACUGUAAUCACCCCAAUUCUCAGAGCUCAAGAGUGUGGCAUUCACAGCAAGCAGAGAUGUUACCCCCUGGCUUUUGGAGUCCCUGCUGCCCUCAUGGCCAUCGCCUUAGUUGUGUUCAUUGUUGGAAGCAGAAUGUACAAGAAAGUUCAACCUCAAGGAAAUAUAAUGGUUCGAGUUGUCAAAUGCAUUGGAUUUGCCAUCAAAAACAGGUUUCAUCAUCGCAGCAAGCAGUUCCCCAAGAGAGAGCAUUGGCUGGACUGGGCGAGUGAGAAGUAUGAUAAACGACUGAUUGCUCAGACUAAGAUGGUGUUGAAGGUGCUUUUCCUUUACAUCCCUCUCCCCAUGUUCUGGGCGCUUUUUGACCAGCAGGGGUCAAGAUGGACACUGCAAGCCACAACAAUGGAUGGAAAUUUUGGAUCUAUUCAGAUUCAGCCAGACCAAAUGCAGACUGUGAAUCCAAUCCUCAUUAUUAUAAUGGUCCCAGUUGUAGAUGCUGUGAUUUAUCCUUUAAUCAAGAAAUGCAAGAUCAAUUUCACGCCCCUGAGGAAGAUCACUGUUGGUAUGUUCCUCGCAUCUUUGGCUUUCGUUGCUGCUGCCCUUGUGCAAGUGCAAAUAGAUAAAACUAUUCCAGUUUUCCCUGCAGCUGGGCAAUCCCAAAUCAAAAUAAUAAAUCUAGGUACUGGUGGUGCAACAGUUCACUUUGGACCUCAGCUUCAGAGUGUGAAUGUAACGGCUAUGGAGUCGACAGGCUACAUGACAUUUGAGACUUCUGAGCUGAAAUCAUUAAAUGUAACUUCUGGAAACAAAACUGAAGCCAUCAGUUUGCCAGGGGGAGGCCGUCACACUCUCGGAAUUAAAAGCAGUGGAACGGGCUUUGCUACUAGAUGGAUAUUUGACAAUGUCACAUCAAAACCAGAAGAAGGAAAUAACCUCAUCAGGUUCAUAAAUAAUUUGCCUGAUACUAUCAACGUCACUAUGGGUGACACUGCAUUUGGAACUCUGAUGCCUCUUCAUGCCAGUGAUUACAUCCUCUUUUCAGGAGGAAGAAAAGAUUAUAUUGUGGCUGUUAGAAAUUCAAUCCCUUGUUCAAGUUUCUCAAAGAAAUUUGGAUUUGGUAGUGCCUAUACAAUUGUAAUUAAUGAGUGUGUUAGAAACAGUCUUAAUGUAACAUAUUCUGAAGAUAUCCCACCCAAUUCAGUCCAUAUGGCUUGGCAGAUCCCUCAGUAUUUUAUUCUUACGUGUGCAGAAGUAGUCUUCUCUGUCACCGGGUUGGAGUUUUCAUACUCACAGGCCCCAUCUAACAUGAAGGCUGUGCUGCAGGCAGGGUGGCUGCUGACGGUGGCAGUGGGUAACAUCAUUGUCCUUAUUGUGGCUGGAGCAUCCAAACUCAGUGAGCAGUGGGCAGAAUAUGUGCUGUUUGCUGCCUUGCUGUUGGCAGUUUGCAUUGUUUUUGCAAUUAUGGCUUAUUUUUAUACUUACGUUGAUCCAAAUGAGGUUGAAGCCCGACUUGAUGAGGAAGAAAAGAAACAAAUCCAAAAGGACCAAGUCAGCUAUGAAAACCAAGCUGAAGCUGUCUCUCGAAUGUGA